CAGAAGCCCGAUAGAGAAGACCACCCUGCCCCUUGUUCCCUUUCGCCAUCCCUAUCUCUCAAUGACCAAACAACCAAGACUAUAUACUACCAAGUACAGUACAAUCAUGGACCCUUCAUCCCCUUGGCUAUUAUACUCAUACACCACAACAACAACAUCAUCAUCAUUAUCACCACAACCUCCCUCUCCAGAUCUCCAAAAUAGAACCCCUACCACCACCCCACUCUCAAAAAAACCACCCCCCAAACAACCAUACAACUCUCUCUCCCUUUACCAGAACCCAUGUAUAGAGAUUUCAGCAUAGACCCCAACCAUCCAUCCAAGCAACAUCAGCCCCAAAACACCACAAAACAACACCACCCAAACAAAGUCCCCAAAACCGACAUCCACCCCGCCAACCACCAU